GGUAGACCCUGCAAAUAUAUUUCAAAGGUUUCCCCGCGAGCUCGCUAUCACUGCGCUUCAAUCGAUGAAUUUGAAUCACGGAUCAUGCAGCAUAAUAACAGAUUACUGUAUCGGAGCUAGUUAGCUUGUCUUACAUCUACUACCCAUUCCCAACCUCUGCAGCCGCCCAAGAUGUCCGCCGAAGCGUCGAGCCCCGUACGCAUCCUCGUCAUCAACCCCAACACCUCGAAGCGCAUGACGGAUGCUUUGAAGCCUGUCCUCGAAGAUCUACACAUGCCAUCGGUCGAAUACACGUUCUUCACAUCCCCAUCACCUGGCAUUCCCAGCAUCAAUUCACCCGAGGACGCAGCCAAAUCCGCCGAGAUCUGCCUGCCUUCGUUGGUACCUCUCCUACCACACCAUGAUGCCUUUCUCGUGGCAUGCUACAGCCAGCAUCCACUGGUUCCACAAUUGAAAAGCGAGUGCCGGAAACUGACCGCCUCUGCCACCGCAGGAAGCGAAGGGAGAGGCGCAAGAAAAUAUGUCACGGGGAUCUUUGAGGCGAGUGUGCUGACGAGUAUGAGUCUGAUCGAUGACCAUGAGGGGUUUGGAAUUGUAUCGACGGGAAAGAUAUGGGAGCCUGAGCUCGAGACUGCAGUCGAACGGUUUCUUGGGAGUGAUGGGAGCUACUACGAUAAUGAGGUCUCGAGGUUUCUUGGAUGUGAGACGACAGGCCUGAAUGCGAGCGAACUACAUGAUCUGCCAGGUGAGGAGGUGAGGAAGAAGAUGAUGGAUGCAACGAAACGACUUUUGGAAAGAGGUGUAUCAGGGAAUGAGGUUGUCAAUAAGUCAGAUACCGAGGCAAUCUGUCUGGGCUGUGCAGGUAUGGUCGGUCUGGAAGACGCCGUGAGGCAGGCAUGUGCCGAGUGGCUCGGAACUGCGGCGGCCAAGGAGGUUUAUAUCAUCGAUGGGGUCAAGGCUGGAGUUGGGCUCUUGUGUUCGCUUGCAAGGACUGGGUUCUGAUGGGCUGUGCACCGCCAAAGCACCAGUCACUAGAAGGGAACGCAGUCAAGAUCCGGCUCAUCAUGCAGAGGUGACGUUAAAGGCAGGGGUGAAGGAUUGCAACGAAGGAAACGCAAGAUUGACCGACAGGCGACGAAAAGGCCACGAGGAGCAUUAUGAUUCAUAUGGAAUGGAAGGUCUCCGCGACCCUUAUGCCUUGAUGGAGGCUUUGAUGAUGUCGGCGCCUUUCUCGGCUACGGCAUACGUGGUCGCCAUGAUAUUUCUGUCGUGGUCAGCAUACUCCCCUGGACAAACAGUCGGCAGCACUUACCCGGACACAUGACCUGGGAAAAUCGAAGCAUCAACCACUCGAAGACCUUGGACGCCUUUCACCCUCAACUCAUUAUCCACGACUUCUCCCAGGGCGCAGGUGCCAAUGAGAUGGUACUGUGUGCUGAUGUGGUUCUUGACGUAUUCGAUCCUCUCUUCUUCACUGUCAAGACUGACAUUUGGAGGCGGCAGUUCACGCUCGUCGAGAGAUUUGGCUAGGACAGGAUGUUUGGCCACUCGGUCCAUCCAGCCCAUUCCGGCUGCCAGAAUCUUGGCGUCAACCUCAUUGCGGAAAUAGCCUGGGUCGAUUUCCGGCGCAGCCAGAGGAUCCGCAGACUUUAUGUGUACGGUGCCCCGAGACAAAGGGUGCUCCAGGCACAUGAGAAGGGAAAUCUGCUGUCGUCCAGGAGGCGGAGCAGAGAAGAAUUGUGUCUGGUCAGAGCCCUUUGCGACGUCAAGACGGCAGCCAAUACAGAACGUUUGAAGGUUGGCGAAGGUAGGGUCCCGGAGUUGAUCGACAAUGGCCUAGAUUCAGCACUCAGUCUCCCACUAUCUUCUUAACGGAGAUAGUGACAACACGUACCUUCUCUUGAGCCUUCUCGAAAUCCGUCCUCGCCAGAGACUUAUCCUGAAUCUCCUUGAUGGUGGUCUCUAACUCUUCAGGCGAGACCAGCGACGCAUAAGAAACGAAGCCCAUCAUCAUCCCAGGCGAUGCGUACGGGCCCUUUGCGCUCUGCUGGUAGACGUCUUGUUGCAUUUUCAUGAACUCUUCACCGUGCAAGGCAUCCAGAGACGUGAUUCCGGGUUUCAAGUAGUACAGCAGCCCUCCGAGCACAUGAUCCUGGAAAUUCGCGCCUACGCCUUUGUUUUCGACAACACAGUCCACGCCGGCUGCUUUGAGAACUUCCGGAUCGCCGAUGCCAGAAAGCUCCAGGAGUUGCGGGCUCUGGAUAACACCGGCAGACAAGAUGACCUCCCUAGUCGCAUUGACGCUAUACUUUUGACCCUUGUGGACGAACUCUACACCUUUGGCGGUGGUCCCAUCCAAGAUGAUUCGAGUCGCCUGUGCCUCGGUCAGGACUUUCAGAUUCGACCUGUGCAGGUUUGGCCGGAGGUACCCUGUGGCAGCGUAGGAUCGUUUCCCCGGGUCAUCGGUCCUAUUCACGGCACCGAGGCUGGAGUAGAAGCCCAUAUGGUCACCGCUCCAUGCGUCAUGGAUAGUCUUCUUGGUUCCGGUUACAGCGUAUGCGGCCUCGGCGAAAUCGACCUCGAACGGGCUGUACCAGUCAUUGAAGCUGGUGUGGAUGGGGCCGUUCCUGCCGUGAAACUCGUCGCCUCCUGCCACGGGCAUGAAUUGAGGAUCGUCGUGGACAGACGUCACGUCAAGAGUUUGGUGCUUGAGGAAAUAGGGAGCCAGGCCGUCCCAUCCCCAGCCCUUGUUGCCGAUGGAUUCCCAGCCGACAUCAUAGCAAUUUCUACUCCCACGAACGUACAUGAGAUAGUUGAUGCCGGAGGAGCCGCCCAAGAGUCUGCCUCGUGGCAUCGAGUAGACCUUGUUGCCGGCAUUUGGUUGCGGGGUGGAAGUCAUGCACCAGUCGUAUUCUUUGCGGCCGAUCUGGGAUUAGGUAAGCAAGGGAUGAUAGCUUGAGGAUCAGUAGGGCACAAGAGGGAUUGCAUGAAGAGCUGCUGCCACGCAAACCGCCAUAUGCUUGCCUCCAUGGAGACAGUACUUGUGUAGCAGAUACGUAGCCAUGCUAUGGCUCAGCCUUGUCACGUGGUGAAAGUCACAUGGUAAACACCACUCUGGAUCGAAUAUUGUCUGGGAAGGAGGUCUCCAUGAAAGUAGUCGGCAUUCGUCUGGCAAAAUAGGAUGCAGAAGAUGAGCAGAUGUCUGGAAUGUCGACCUACCAUCGUUGGAUAAAAAGCUGGCGUCGAGACCUUGGGAUCAUCCAUUCGGUUUUCUCCAGCCUCGAGGACAGCUACAGAGAUGUUGGGAUCUUCCGUCAAUCGGGCUGCCACACACAAGCCUGCUGUCCCUCCACCGACGACCACAAAGUCGUACUGCUGAGACACAAACUCAUCGACCGUACAGAGGGCAUUGGAAGAAGUGCCAUCGACUUCAUUAGUGUCUGCCAUAUUGAACGUUGAGACUCAGGACAGUUCGAGGCGUAAGAUAAAGAGAUGAAUUGGGAGCGGUGAGAACAACAAGGCCUCAUGCUUGAAGAGAUCAUGCAAUCCUUGCGACACAUCUCCCGA